GCCCGCCCCGCCGCAGCCCGGCCCGGCUCGGCCCGGCCCGCGCCGCGCCCCGCCCGUCCCCGUGUGCCCGCGUGCCCGUGUGCCCGCCACCGAGCCAGAGCCGCCAUGGAGGUGUUCAUGAAGGGCUUGUCCAAGGCCAAGGAGGGGGUGGUCGCCGCCGCCGAGAAGACCAAGCAGGGGGUGGCUGAGGCCGCCGAGAAGACCAAGGAAGGGGUCCUCUAUGUCGGGAGCAAAACCCAAGGCGUGGUGCAAGGCGUCACCUCAGUGGCCGAGAAGGCGAAGGAACAGGCGUCCCAGCUGGGCGAAGCGGCGUUCUCGGGCGCCGGCAACAUCGCGGCGGCCACGGGGCUGGUGAAGAAGGAGGAAUUCCCCGCGGACCUGAAGGCCGAGGAGGUGGCCCAGGAGGCUGUGGAAGAGCCGCUGGUUGAGCCGCUGCUGGAGCCGGAGGGGGAGAGCUACGAGGAGUCCCCACAGGAGGAAUACCAGGAAUACGAGCCAGAGGCAUAAUGGAACCCUGUCCUUGCCUCUUCCACCAGCAGCACAACGAACCGCCGGUAGCCCCCUGCUCCUCCCCUGCUGGCCCCGGCCAGCGCCCACGUGCCGGGGAGGAGCAGGGUUGCCCCUGCCCCGUUCGCUCACAAGUUCUUCCUCCAGUUCCGUUCCAAGGGACCAUGUCCAUGUCUCCGUACCGUGUCUAGCAGUGAGAACCCGCUGUGUCCGAGCCCUGCAGCCUCAGCGUGUGCCCAAGCCGUGGGCAAUGCCCGCAGGGGCUGCUGUGUGUGCGUGUGUGCGUGUGUCCGUGGUGCCUGGGCUUACAGCUCUGCCUCCCUCCCAGCGCCGUAAGCCCCGGCUGCGUCCCGGUGCGUCUGUGUGUGUACAAAGCAUGUUUACCUGCGCGCGGGCUGCUGUACAUUUUGCUUGCAUGCGUGUCCCUGAGGUUCUGCUCUGGUCAUCGUGGAACUGUUUUUGGUUUUGUUUUCUUUUUCUUUUUUAAUAUAUCUAUCUCUAUCUAUGGGUGGACGGGUCUUUCGCCUUUGUGAGCCCUCGGUAUCCGAGCCCGCUCCCCAGCCUGCUGGGUGGAGACGGUGCCUGCACCCUCCCCGAGGUCCUGUAGUGCUGACGCUGUGUUGUGACGUGGCAUGGAUAUCCCCCCACCCUCGUUGCUGGAUGUGCAAUACGAGUGCAGCUGCCAGUGACACAGCUGCCACCGUGUCCAUGAAUAAAGCCAACUCUUGUCUGUA